AUGGCGGUCGCGAGCCCUCCGCCUCCGCCGUCUUCCGCAGGAAGGCCGGACUCUCCGUCUGUCUCCUUUGCUGUCCCCCCCAGCAGCUUCCCUCUCUCAGGCGCCUCGCAGUUCGCGCCUGCGGACCCGUCCAGCUUCGCCCACACCCUCCCCACGUCGUCGCUCAUGACCUCGCAUGUGCUGAGCAUUGCACGCACGCACGGCUACUGCAGCGCGCCCGUUGCUGCCGCUGGCGCCCAGGGGCCCGGCCCCCGGGGCCUCGCUGGGGACCGGGGGGACAGAAGGCCCGGCGAGAGGGCGGAGAAACUCGAACACAUUCUCGCACUCCAGGAGACACUCGUCAAGCCCGGAGCUGCAAAGGUCAUCGGAUCUAUGGUUCAGUUCCGACUCAUGCAGGUGAUAAAAACCGCGAAGAAGCUGAUGGAGCAGAGCGCGCGCGUCGCCCAGGAAGGCGUCCUCACGGUCGGGGACGUCCAGGAGGCGAUGAGCAUGUUAAACAUGCCGCCGCUGCUCUGGUACAGUGGCCCCAGUACGUACCGCUUCGUCACCGGGGCGCGGCCUCUGGGACAGGAGGCCUUCCGCCUCGUUCGGCGAGAGACGCUGCGGCCCUUCGAGGGGCCGUCGGCGCUCGGGGCAUCUGCCUCAGUCGCGUCUGCUUCUGGCGCCUCGCGGCCGCCUGCCGAGGGUGCGUGCGCGGGCGCGAUGAAUGCCGCGGUGGGAGUCGAGGGGAUGCUUCCACGCGGGGAGGCGCGCCGGGAGAACGCAGCGGGUGCGUCCUCGUUGGCGGCCUCCAUGUCGUCGGCGCCGGCCUCGUCGCGCCUUCUCGACUUGAUUUACGCAGACCUCAAGCUGCCUGCGCCGCGCGAAGAGGGUAUCGGCAUCCACUGGAUGGCGGUCGCCGGGCGUGUCCCUCUGGUGCCGCAGAACCUGGUCAGUGUGUCGCGCGCCGACGGGCAGGAGCCAGAGCGGCGCCGCCGCGAGAAACCCAGAAGAGAAGAGGAGGACGGCGCCAGACCCAGGUGGGCGCUCACGAUGCAGAUCUACGACGGAGAAAGAAGGAAGCGGCCGCGUGCGGGCGACAGCGAGAACGGCGAGGAGCCCGCACCGCGGAGCUCCGAGGCAGACGACGACGCCAAGACCGACGCUCUCGAGGGGGAGCGGAGGUGGAGACAAGAGCGCCGUAGAAAGAGGCUGGAGGAAAGGCGAAAACAUCGCGGGGGCGGGGCGGCGAACGGCGAAGACGAGAGGAGCUCGGGCGCCAGCACAGACGACGACAGCGAAGAAGACGAGCGGUGGAGGGACCAAGCCACGCGCUCGCCCUCGUGGCCCCUCAGUCUCGAGAGAAUCCUCAUCGCGCCCAGGCUCUGCCACGCCCUGGGGAAGGAACACCAGCAGUUUCUUCAAGCCGUCCGCGAUGCGCUCCAGGCCGGGAUGGAGGAGAAGCACGGAAUCGACUACGAACGCAAUUUCCGCAAAAUGCUGAAGAUCGUCAGCUCGAUUCCUGGACUCGAACAACUCCUACCCUGUCUCGCGCGCUUCUUCUCCGUCGAGCUGAGCGCCUGUUUGCAUCUGCCGCACCGUGCGACGCUUCUCCUUCACCUGGCGGAGGCGAUUUUGGAGAAUCCUCAUCUGUCUCUCCACAGCCACGUGCAUCAAUUUCUUUUGCCUCUGCUCGAGUGCCUGUUGCGGCCCUUGCCGCUGACGUCCCCCAGCACCUCGGCGCUUGCGCCCGAGAAGCCCGCGCCUCGCCACGCUGCGCCGUCUGCGCUCUUCUCUGAUCCUGCCCUCGCGGCCCCCGGCGCCUCGUUGGCAGCUGCGUUCUUCCCCUUCACGCCCCAGCAGCUCGAGCUUCGGCGGAAGGCCGCUGCGCUGCUUGGAGCCUUUCUGCGCCGGGCGCGCAUGCAGCGGGAGCACAUGGAGGGCGUCGAGGCGGCGAUUCUUCUGCAGCUCAAGCGCCAUCUCCUCCAUCCGCAGAGCAGCUUGGAGACCGUCCUCGGCGCGGUCUGGGGCAUCCUCGCCCUAGGCCGCCCCGCCUUUCUUCUUCUGCUCUUCCCCGUGCUCCCCCUCCUGCUGCACACGCUCGAGAGAGUCCGCAGCCUCGGCGAGCUGCAGAUGAUUGCAGCGUCCGCGGGCCUGCGGAUGAAGUCCACUGACGCAGCCUCCUCGCAGGGAGAUGAGCGAGAGGGCGAUCGCGCUGCGUCUUCAGGCGUUUUCGCGGAAACUCUGCAGCUGAAGAGCCGCGACUUUGCACUGCUGCAGCAGCACCAGGAUCUCGCGGCGCUGCGCAUGCUUCUCAUCGACCAGCUCCUGCUGACGCUGCUGAGUUGCGUGUACGACGAACUUAGCGUCCAGCUGACCGCCGCGACGAGCGGCGCCGCCGCGAUUCUCCUGCCUGGCGAGGAAACAAGCAAGUCUCUUGGCAUCGCUGCGCCAGCGCUGCUGCAGCUCAUGCUGGUCCUGUACGACGAGUCGCGCUCUCUGAACGAUGCUUACACGCCCUUUGUCGCGGCGGCCCUCCACCGCGCGGUCUCUUCCCGCUUGCCGUCGUUCUGCGGCCUGUCGCGCGGAUGCGCCAGCACGCCCGCCGGCAGCUUCACCCCAGAGAAAGAGAAGCUGAGGCAGGAGUCUCUCGCACCCUCGGAGAAGCGGAAGCGCGCAGUCCGCGACUUCGUGGCUGGUCGCGUGCUUCCCGCUCUGCAGCGAAUGGAGCUCUCGCUGGACGCCGAACCCAGAGGCGACGCGAAACCGCGCGGAGAGAAGGAAGGCCCGAACGGUGCACCGGAACUGCCGGGGGAGGGAACGCGGGCCGUUUCAGAGAGCCUGUAUACUGGUGGCGACUAUCUCUUGGCGUGGACGAUCUAA